AUGGAGAACUACACGAUGUGGAGUAAUUUCACCCAAGUUCUGUCAGAGCUGGACGGAACGGAAGAGGAGGAUGAGGAAGAGGAAGGCAGCGGUGGCGGUGGCGGCGGGACCGGCGGGCUGCGCGUCCUCGUCGCCUGCGUGCUCUUCCUGCUCAUUGUGUCCACGCUGCUCGGGAACACGCUCGUGUGCGCAGCCGUGAUCAAGUUCCGCCACCUGCGCUCCAAAGUCACCAACUUCUUCGUCAUCUCUCUGGCCGUAUCUGACCUGUUCGUGGCUGUGCUCGUGAUGCCCUGGGAGGCCAUCACUGAGGUGACCAACACGUGGCUCUUUGGACGCUUUUGUGACGUUUGGAUCGCCUUUGACAUCAUGUGCUCCACAGCGUCCAUCCUCAACCUGUGCAUCAUAAGCGUGGACCGCUACUGGGCCAUCUCCAGCCCCUUCAAGUAUGAACGGAAAAUGACUCACCGCGUGGCGUUUGUCAUGAUCGGAGUGGCGUGGACGCUGUCGAUUCUGAUCUCAUUCAUCCCUGUGCAGCUGAACUGGCACCGGGCCGGGGAGGAGGACCAGGAGGUGGUGAUGGAGGAGAUGGUGGCAAUAAUGACCACCGGUGGAAAGAACUUCACAAACACGAGCAACCUCAACUCCAGUGGCAUCACUGCCCAGAGCUGUGUGGCCAAUCUGAACAAAACCUAUGCCAUCUCCUCCUCCUUCAUCAGCUUUUACAUCCCAGUGGUGAUCAUGAUCGCCACCUACACCCGGAUCUACCGGAUUGCUCAGACCCAGAUCCGCCGGAUCACGUCUUUGGAGCGGGCGGCGGAGCAGGCGCAGCAUCAAGGCCACGGCAUGAACAGGAAUCAGCAGCAGGCACAACGGCCCAACGACGAGGCUUCCCUGAAGUCGUCGUUUAAGAAGGAAACCAAAGUCCUGAAGACACUUUCAAUCAUUAUGGGCGUGUUCGUGUUUUGCUGGCUGCCCUUCUUUGUCCUCAACUGCACGGUCCCCUUCUGUGACCCGCCGUGCGUCAGCGACACCACCUUCACUGUCUUUGUCUGGUUUGGUUGGGCCAACUCUUCUCUCAACCCGGUCAUCUACGCCUUCAACGCAGACUUUCGUCGAGCUUUCACCACCAUCCUGGGCUGCAGCCGAGUCUGCUCGAACAACGCGGUGGAGGCCGUGAACUUAAGCAAUGAACUGGUUUCUUACCACCACGACACCACCCUCCACAAGGAGGCGGUGGUCCCUGCUCAGCCGCAGCAGCAUCCUCGCAACAUUAACAUCGACUCAGACCACCUGGAGGACAUGAGUGCACAUUUUGAUGAGGAGUCGAUCAUCUCCAAUUGUUCUCCGAGUCACAACAGACUGCUGCUGCUUCCCGCCACUGUUCAGUUCGAGGAAGACCCAGAAAUUUCCUUGGAAACAAUCACACCAUUCACCUCAGCAGCAGGGCUGGAGACUGAUGCUCUGAUACCGGGACAAGUCCACCAGGAGGGAUAGGCCAGAAACCAGCUGAGCUGACUGACAGCCACAACGCUUGCU